AUGCGCCUUCUCGACAUCUUCACUCUGCUGUCGGCGGUGACGCUGGCCGCAGCGGGAGGCCACCACCUGCCCAAGCGCAACUACGCCACCCACGACUACUACGCCAUCCACAUCUCUCCCUCCACAUCGCCCUCGGACCUCGCGGCGCAUCUCGGCCUGACGCUCGAAGGCCCCUUUGGCUCCCUCGACGACCACUACGUCUUCAGGGCGCCCAAACACGACAACGACGUUGUCGACGACGCCAGGCAGGAGCUGAAGCGCAGACGGCGGAAGAGGGAGGCCGGCCCAGAGUACCACCCACUCGACAGCAUACGCUUCACCCAGAAGCAGAAGCUCAAGGCCAGGCACUGGAAGCGCAGUGUCAUACCUCCGCGCGCAAACGUCAACGAUGCCAUCAACUCACAGAGGGAGGUCGCCAAGUCGCUCAGCAUCCAAGAUCCCAUCUUUGCCGAGCAGUGGCACCUCUUCAACGUCAAGACGCCCGGCAACGACAUCAACGUGACCGACGUGUGGAUGCAGGGCAUCACCGGCAAGGACGUCACCGCAUGCGUCGUCGACGACGGUCUCGACUACGACAGCGGCGACCUGAAGGACAACUUCUUCGCCGAGGGCUCGCACGACUUCAACGACCACGAAGAUCUACCUACGCCCAAGCUCUCCGACGACAGACACGGCACACGCUGCGCUGGCGAAAUCGCCGCCGGCAAGAACAACGUCUGCGGUGUGGGACUGGCCUAUGACGCAAAAGUCUCCGGCGUGCGCAUUCUCUCCGGACAGAUCACCGAUCUGGACGAAGCGCUGGCCAUCAACUACGAGAUGCAGAAGAAUGACAUCUACUCGUGCUCGUGGGGUCCCCCAGACGAUGGCAAGACCAUGCAAGCCCCGGGUAUCCUGAUUGAAAAGGCCAUGGUGACCGCCGUGCAACAAGGACGGGGCGGCAAGGGCUCCAUCUACGUCUUCGCCGCCGGCAACGGUGCUGCGAGCGAUGACAACUGUAAUUUCGACGGCUACACCAACAGCAUCUACAGCAUCACGGUGGGUGCCAUCGACAUGAACAACAAACACCCAUACUACUCCGAGGCUUGCUCCGCACAGCUGGUCGUGACGUACAGCAGCGGAGGCGGUGAUGCAAUCCACACCACAGAUGUCGGUGCCAACACGUGCACAAGUCAGCACGGAGGCACAUCGGCUGCAGGCCCCAUUGGUGUUGGCGUGUACGCUCUGCUGCUCCAAGCUCGUCCUGAUCUCACGUGGCGUGAUGUACAGUGGCUCACCGUCCUGACAGCUGUGCCUUUUGACGAGCCGAGCGACUGGGCCAAGACGACUCUCGGACGCAUGUACAGCCACCAGUUUGGAUACGGCAAACUCGACGCAUGGGCCAUUGUGGACAAGGCAAAGGACUGGAAGCUCGUCAAGCCCCAAGCCUGGUUCUGGUCUCCUUGGAUGCACGUCAAGAAGCCUAUCCCGGAAGGCGAAGCAGGGCUGGCAAGUGUGUUCGAGGUGACUGCGGACAUGCUGAAGAAAGCCAAUUUUGAGCGAGUCGAACACAUUACGCUUACCAUGAAUGUCGAACACGAGCGCCGUGGCGACCUGAGUGUCGAGCUGAUUUCCCCUGCCGGCAUGAGUUCCCACCUCUCUACCGCGCGCCGAGACGACGAAGACACGUACGGCUACGUAGACUGGACCUUCAUGUCGGUAGCGCACUGGGGCGAAGCCGGGGUGGGCAACUGGACCGUCAUUGUCAAGGACACCAAGCCCGACAACCAGAAAACCGGCACGUUCACCGACUGGAAGCUGCGUCUCUGGGGCGAAUCCAUCGACUCGUCCAAAGCCAAACUUCUCCCCAUUCCCAGCGAGCACGACGACGAUGGCCACGACAAGAUCGACGACCACCCUGCACACACGACGUCGGUCAAGCUGCCUAGCGGUACACCGAGCGUGACGGCGAAUCCGUCUGAUCACCCCGACCGCCCUGUCAACCAGAAGCCGACAGGGAACGACGGGGCCCAGGCAAGCUCGACGGCCUCGACAGCCCCGACGGCCUCGACAGCCCCGACAGCAUCGACGGCCUCGACAGCCACGACGGUCACGGCAGAAACGCCAGCAGCUACUGCGACAGCGUCAGCAAGCGGCGAGAAGGAGGAGGAGAAGGAGAAGCUUUUGCCGUCCAUCUUCCCCACGUUUGGGGUGUCGCGGCGGACGCAGAUGUGGAUCUACGGGUCGCUCUCGCUCAUCAUCGUGUUCGUUGCAGGGCUGGGCGCGUACUUGUACGUUGCGCGACGCAAGCAGCAAAAGCUGUCGCGCGACGCGUACGAGUUUGAGGUGCUGGACGAUGCCGAGGACCGCGAGGAGACGGGCAUGUUGUCUGGGGCGUUGGCGAAGAAGAAGGGCCGGGCGAGGCGGGGAGGCGAGCUGUACGAUGCAUUUGCAGGCGAGUCGGACGAGGACCUGCUGAGCGAUGGCGAUGGCGAUGGCGGUGAUGAAGGACCGUAUCGCGACCAGGAGCAGCGGUACAACGAGAAGUACGGCAGGAGGGAGGACGACGACGACGACGACGAGGGGAGCGAGGUGAGCGGAAGCUCGGCCGGCAGGAGGAAGGAGUAG